AUGCCUCCUAGGUAUCUCCUCGGACCUGAGUGGAAAGAGGGCGACUGGGAAGCCACCAGUAGAGCUUAUAAGAUCUCGCUUUAUUUAAUCUGGGCUUUAGUUGGCAUCGAACUUGGUUUGUUAGUCAUUUCGAUGACAGUUGCCAUCUUCAAUGGCUUCGUCAUACUAGUCCUUUUCAUUGGAAGAGUUUUGCUUAAGAAGGCAAAGCGAGACGAACCACAAAAGGAAUUCAAUGAAAAGCGUCAAGAAAAAGGUACCGAAGGAGAAUGCAAGCCGUUGUUGAUGGAAGAUUCUGGAUAA